AAUAUGAGUCCCAGUAAAACUAGCCGUUGCAAAAACGAUUCUCCUAAAAUAACGUUCUGAUUUUUUCUUCUUUUCUCAAUUUCUAAUCCCUCUUAACUAAAAUACUAACAUAUUUCUCAUCGCCGAUUGAAACACCACCACUUUUUCCGGCAAACAUGUCUUCCAACACCGCCGGAGCAUCAUCAACACUAGCCACAACCACUCCACGUUCAUGUAGAUCCAAGAUUCAAGAAACUCCCAAACACACCGAGAAUCUGAACCCUAACAUUCAAAACCCACCAAAUUCUAAUUCCCCUUCUAGUUCCGCCAAAAAGUCUCAGAAACCGAAAAACCCGAAUUCCCCUAGGAACAAAAUCAGGCAGAGGAAGUUCGUUGUAGCAAAGAAGAAAUCGAAGAAGGAGGAUCAAAAGGAAGGCGGCGAUGCAGUUUCGACGGCGCCAUUUUGUAAUUGCAAAGAGAAGAAUAAGAAGUGUGUUUGUGUUGCUUACCAUAAUCUGAGAAAGUCUCAGGAGGAGUUUUUCAAGAAUCGAGAUCACGACGAUGAAGAAGAAGAAGAAGUAGAAGAAGUUGCUGAAAUUGAUAGUGUUGUUGUUGAAAAACAAGAUGGUUUGAAUUUGGUUGUGAAGAGAAGUAGGGAGAGAUUGAGGGAAGAGGUAAGGGAAAGUGUUACACAAAUUGGGUCAGGGAAAGUUAUGAAUUUGGUUAAGGCUUUUGAGAAGCUUCAAUUUGAACCUAAUUCAAAGGAUGAGGAUAAAAAAGUGGAGGAGGAGAAGGAAACUAGAGAGAAUGAUAAGGUUUCUGGUUGUUCUUCAUUUUCUCCAUCAGAUUUGAUUUUGACAUCUCAAAACCUUGGUUUGGAUCCACAUGACUCUGUUUCUUCUUCUUGGGAUAGCGCUCGCGGAAGUUUGUCUAGAAGGACUUCUAAUGGGGGACGAAGUAGCAGAAGAAAUAGCUUAGAGUCAUCAACUACCACUAUUGGGGGAAGGAGAUGGAGAAAGAAACAGCAAAAAGUCACCAGCCAAAAGCCAUUCAAGCUAAGAACUGAGCAAAGGGGUAAGGUAAAAGAGGAAGUAUUUGUGAAAAAGGUACAGGAGAUGAUGACGGAAGAAGAGAAGCAAAGGAUCCCUGUUGCACAGGGCCUUCCUUGGACAACAGAUGCACCGGAGUGUUUAGUAAAACCUCCGGUGAAAGACAUUACUAUACCUGUUGACCUAAAGCUUCACACUGAUGUGCGGGCAUUGGAUCGCGCCGAGUUUGAUCAACAGGUGGCAGAAAAAUUGAGCUUCAUUGAGCAAUACAAAAUGGAGAGGGAAAGACAACAGAAGUUGGCAGAAGAAGAAGAAAUCAAAAGGUUGAGAAAGGAACUUGUACCAAAAGCACAGCCCAUGCCAUAUUUUGAUAGACCUUUUAUCCCAAGGAGGUCAAUGAAGAACCCUACUUUGCCUAAAGAACCCAAGUUUCAUAAGAAGAUUAAGUGCAGCUCAUCAUCAUGGAGUGAUGUGAACCCUUACUCAUCCUGCUUUAACUAAUCUUCCAAAGAGUACUCUUUGAUGUGAAUUCUGAAGUGGUUAAUGUAAUAUUUUUCAUCCCAUCCAUCUCUUCACCGAAUAAUGUUCAAUCUUCUACAUAGGCAACCAAUUUAGUUGCACAAGCUUUGGUCUUUUGUACAGUGUUUUAAAAUCAGCUUGAGCAAAUUGUAUUAUCUUCCCAGAGAACCAUCAAUUCAUUUGAUCCAUCAAUAAGAAUAUUUUGUUACUGGAAUCAUAGUCUCCAUCUAAUAGGAACUAUAUUUGGUUUUCCUAAACAAAAACCUUUCUGUUUGGAGUUUUCCAAAAAAUUGACUGCACCAAAUCCAAACUCAAAACUUUAAAUGUAUAAAUUGUAAGUCUGUAUAGUGCUAUGGGGGAACGCAUAACCCUAUAGUUUGAUAGAACUAUUGGACUGAAUCCUAAUAAGGAGCCCAAAGUUUGGUAUGAGAAAAGGAAAAAAAGAGAGAGUAGGGAGAAUGUGUAAUGUGACAGUUGUCCUAGGUUGUUAAGAUGUUCCCCAAUAAAGUAGUGUGUGGGGGAAAAUUGUAGGUGUUAAUGAUUGUAGUGUCAGUACUUUGUAUGGUCAAGUAGUGAAAGACUAACCAUUGUCCCUACUAAGGAGCUUUGGUCUAGAAUAUAUAGUAUUAUUUCCAUA